AUAUUAAAAGGUUUGGAGUUCCCGUAAUUCUUGGCGAUGGAAAAGAAUUGGGAAAUUGGAAAACCCCUAAUAUAAAUCUUCAUCAACCAUUUCCUCAAAAUCCGACAUAUUGGCAAUCUGAUCCAGUCAUUAUUUCGUUAUCAAGUAUUGAAAAAAAGAAUGAUAUUCAUUAUAAAAUUGCUGUUUAUAUAUUUAAACCUUAUCUUCGUGGAAGAGAAGAAAGAAUUAUAUUCGAAGGAAAUGGCUCACAAGACAAACGCUCAUUGGAUAUUGCGAGAAAUCACCAAUUUUGCAUAUGGAAAAAUAAUGCUGAGGUUCAUUUACAUAUUAUAAACGACUUUGCUUUCGUAGAUUAUAUUUAUAAUUCUAUCAAAGGUAAUAACCUUAAAGAUAAAGUUAUGGAGUACCAGCAUUUAUUAGAUAUUCACAAUGACCUUACGAUUCGCGCGUCAAAUCUCAGAUAUCAUAUUACAAGACAAGAGAUUUAUGGACAUUAUGAAUUACCAUAUGCCUUUCCUUCCGGAUUACUGCUUGAUGCACUUGAGAACUAUAAAAGAGAAAUCUUACCUUCAGACGCCAAAGAUCCAAUGUACAUCGCUGUAACAACUUUAGUCGAGCAUAAUGCAUUUAAGAUGCAAUUUCAUUGGCUUAGAAUUUUUACAAUUGCUGCGGAAGUAGAUCCUAAUUAUACCUUCGUUGAUCGUUUACAAGCUUUAAAAUAUUAUAGUAACAAUUUAUUAGCAGUAUUUAUUAAAGGAGUUGCAGAUAUUGUUCUUAAUAUUGAUGGCAUUGAUUUUGAAAAUUACGUUAAAUUGCCAAGACUUUUGAGUGAGGUUCUUUUGCAUGAUAAUAAUGAAUUGGACAAACAAAUCUUCGUGUCGUUUAUUGAUCAAGUUAGGGAAAAUGUUAUUCAUGACGAUGCUUAUUCUUUAGAGUCACAUUUUAAAAAACUACACAAACGUUAUCGGGAUGACGUUUAUAUUGUCUUCCGGAAUCACGCUUUAUUUUUACUCGGAAGCCCAGUUAGAAAUUGGAUCAAUCAGAAUGUUUUGGCUAUACGGAGACUUCUUCAGAAUGAUGAUCUUAACUGGCGUAGUGAUGACAAAAUACAAUCAUUAGAGUUGAUAUCACAAUCUCAUAGUUUGGAAUUAUUAAAUAUAUUUCCGGAACUUUUGGAUGAUUGGCUUCGCAGUGAUUUUUCUGAUACCAAAAUGAAAAUGCUACCAAGUAUUUGCGUAAAUUGGUUUACACUUCUUUUAACCAAGCUUGGGACAAAUGAUACAAAUACUUCAAAUGAAGGUAACUUUAUUUAUGCAGUAUUUGAACGAUUAGAACGCAUGUAUCCUUUGCUUGGUAAAAGGAUCAAUGUUUGGCGAAAUUUGACAGAAAUUGCUAUAGAAAGAGUAAAGGGAUGUUCCGAACUUCGAAUUUAUGCUGCGACAAAAUUUAUAGUGAGAAUAAAACAAGAUGGUGUCAAAAAAUUAUUUUUAGAUAUGGUAAAAGAAAUAUUAAAUAAGAACGUUCAACAAAUUAAUGAUCAGUUACUAAAUAAAAUAUUUAUAAUAUGCGAUUGCAAAGGAAAAUCUCUUGAAAUUCCGAAUUCGAUGAGUGAAGAUCUUUUGUACCAUAUAAUGACUAGAUUACAAGGUCAAUCGACAACAUCUAGCCAUUCGGAGUAUUAUUUAACUACUUUAAAAACAACUAGAUUUUGGAAUAUUAUAUUACGCGCUAGCGGGAGUGUCUCAAAACUUAAUGCAAAUUCAUUUGUCAAAAAUACUAAAAUUUCUAUCAACGAACUCGGGGGAUUACUUUUCGAAAAAAUGAUUGAUAUAAAAUUGUUACAACGAAUUUUAGAAUAUCCUGAUGAUAAAUUAUUUCAACAUUUCGAUGCAGCUGUUGCCAGAAAGAAAUCUUUAGGUGAUGUGAUCGUCUCUCGAGAAGAAAUUGCUAAACUUAGAAAACUUUGUAAGGAUUAUCAACAACAUCUCGAUAUACUUUUCAAAUUUUAUAGCGGAUUUUGUUCGUCUAUUCAAGUAAUAAAUGUGAAUUAUUUCAUUUUGGAUAUACAACAACAUAUGCAAAAUUCACAUAAAGUUAAGUUGAAACAAGUAUUAACAUCUGAUUACUGGACUUUCCAUGAGAAAACGUUUGAAAGUGCAAGACGUUGCUACAAAUAUAACAAUUCCCAAACAUUCAGGAAUAUCUUUGAAAUUUGUCUCCGGGAAGAUGCUACUGCAACAAAUGUAGAAUAUAUAGCUCAAAAAUUGAUGCCAGCUGUUUUUGACAGAUAUCUCACCAUGUGUAAACAGUUUAAGGAAUGGGAAAAACUCAAAUGUUCAGAUGCAUCUUUGUUUUGGAAUGUUACGAAUGUUAAUGCUGAACUCAAUUUAAUGUAUGGUUAUGAAUCCCAUAAAAGCCAAAUAUUUGUACAAACUCUUGAUCAUCUUUCAAAAAUUCCUCACUGGAUUGAGCGACUAGAACAAUUAGAAAAAAUUGUAGAAAUUUUCCAAAUACCUCAUAAUGAAGACGAUUGGUUGUCGAAAUCAAUUCGUAUUUUAAAAAAUGACUCUAUGGAGCUUGGUCAAAUAAACAAUUUCUUUGAUUACCUUGAUAGAAAUCUUUCCAACGUUAAUAAUGAUUGUUGGAAAUUAAUAAGAGAAUUAUCAAGUGCUGAUGAUUUUAUGGAUUUCUUAAGGAAGAUUGCCCAACAUAAUAUUAAAAAUUUGUGUGCUGAAGAUUGGUUAGAUAAUAUGGUCUCGUCGUUUAUUCAGGUCAACAUAGUUCUAUUUCCUCUUAUGGAUAAGAACAAAAUGGAAACCAUUUCCGAUUUUUUGGAAGCGUUACUACAUGUUAUUAAGAAGGAUUCAACUUUAGGAGAAAAGGUUGCAUUAUGUAAUAAUAUCAUGUACAUUUCAAAUCCUGGCGAAGUUACUAAGAAAGAACUUAAGAAUGCAGUAACUAAUGGAACUUAUACUUUUACACGUGAUCAAAAUGACAACGUCUGUAUAGUCACAUUAAAAAAUCCCAAUAAAACCAACGGGAUAUUUAACAUAAAUGAGAUUUUAGGUUUACGUGGAUUAGCUCUUGUAAUAGCUAAACCAAAAACAACAGUUAACAAUAUAAUAAAUGAAGUUGUAGAAAUAUCGGAGAAAGUUAUCAAUGAUUUUGUUUAUCAAGUGGAUAUUGCGCAAGAAAUAAUUAGCGUAGUUUCUGCGUUGAUCCAAAUGGGGCAUUUUGGCUAUAGAAUGUUUGAAAUAAAUUUACAUGGAACAGAGAACAUGGAAGAUUGCCUUAUAUGUUUAAAGGAUGAACUGGACAACUGGCAAAGUAUGGUAAAUAGUGCACAAGAAAAAUGUUAUUAUUUAACAUUCUUUCAUGCUCGUCACAUCUUAACAUUCUACGACUAUUACACAUCAGAAAAAUUAGAUAAGGAAAACGAAGAAGAAUGCAGAACAUUGGUUAGAUAUGUAAAUAGUAAUGCUCAAUUGCCACUCCGCAAGGAUGUUCAAGGAAUUUCAUUUGGAUCUGAAAAUUAUCCUGAAAUUCUUUGCGAAAUCGGUGACGAAUUGCAAAGAAGUUUUAGAAAUAUUCCUAAACAAACGCGUAAAUUCAAAUUUACUCAACAUAGCGAUAUGUCUGAUAUCGAUGAUAAAAGCAAAUUAUUCAUUGCUGUUUACACCGAUAAAACGCGAAUUUCCAAUAUUAUCCUGUCAUUAUACGCGAAUUAUGGAUCUUAUCCCGAGUCAUGGCAAUUCUUGAUAUGUAAUUCUUCAACUACAAUAGAGGAACUCACAAUUUUUAUUAAAAGAAGCUUUUUUGCUGCAAAUAAUGGAUAUGAAAAUCACUUAUUCUUCCGAAAUGACAAACUAUAUUUAGAUCAAUAUUGUUUAGAAGUACAAGAGAUUAAAGUUUUGGAUACCGAAAUAAUGCAAGAAAUCUAUCAGGAAUUGUGUCCAAAUGUUAUAUGUGUUUCUUCUGAUUUAUCUGGUCAAGGGAAAACGGAAUGGAUUAAAGAGGCCAGUUGUUUAAAACAAAAAAUUCCGUAUAAUUUCCUAAUCAGCGAUGACAUGGAUCUAAAAUAUCUCGUAAAUAAGCUUAAAGAAUGCAAACUCAAACAUAUUCAAAGUCUUCAUAUUAAUAUUUUGUCUGUUAAUCACACUGAAGACGUGAAUUUAUUUUUAUUUGAAUUGCUCACGUUUAGGACAAUUUCACAUAAUAAUAUUGUAGUUUCAAUUCCCGAAACUUUCAUUUAUAUCGAAAUUGCUUCAUCACUCAAGCAACAAUUGCUCGAUCGUCUUCUUAUUUUGAGAUAUUUACCAUUUAAACAUUUAUCUUGGAACAUCGAAAACUUUAGAGUAUCUCAAGAAAUUACAAGUCCGAUUCAGGUAGUAUGUCACUAUUUGAAUUUGUAUGAUCUUGGGGAAAUUAAUACAAAGGAGAUUUUGGUUCAUACAUCAAAGGCUUCUUUAUCUACAGAAAGUACAAUUUCAGUUUUAUAUCGUGACGAAUUAAGAGUCCCCAGUAAUUUUAGGGAUUUCUUAAAAAGUCAAAUAAUCGGCAAUCCAACAAAUUUGGAAAUAGAUGAUUAUAAUACAACGUCUGCAAAUGCACUCGGUGUAAAAUUAGAAUGUUUGGCACGAAAAUCGACAAAAACUUUAGAACUUCCUGAAUAUGCUUUAUCUAGUGAUAAUUUAAUAAAGAUGGCUCUAAUUCUUUUAAGAGUACGUGCAAAUAUUCCAGUCAUAGUUUGUGGUGAAGCAGGAUGUGGCAAGACAAGUUUAAUUACCUAUUUAGCCUUGAUGACUGAAGUUAAAUUUCAAACCCUAAAAUUUCAUGCUGGAACUGAUGAAAAAACUAUCAAUAGAUUUAUGUCGGAUGCUUUAAGGGAGGCACAGAAAGGCGAAAUUUGGAUAUUAUUUGAUGAAAUUAACACGUGCAAUCAUUUAGGUUUACUUGCAGACUUAAUAUCUAAUAGGGUAUUUCGAGGUUCAUCUUUACAUCCAAAUAUUCGUUUAUUCUCUACCUGUAAUCCAUAUCGUCUUCGUUUAACAGCUGAGGUUAAAAAAUAUGAGGAAAAAAGUAAUCUUAUUUAUCAAGUCAAACCUCUUCCUGAUCAAAUUUUGGACUAUGUAUGGGACUAUGGUAUUCUUAAAUCAAAUGAUGAAUACAAAUAUAUUCAAAUUAUGGCUGAAAAAGAAUUAUCAAAACUGGCACAUCCAGUAUUUACUGAGCUCUUAUUUGCUUCUCAGAAAUUCAUUCGUAAGGUUGAGGAACCAUAUAGUGUUAGCUUGCGUGAUAUCAAGCGAGCCAUAAAAUUGGUAAAAUUCUUUUAUAAUUCUUUUGAGGAUCAUUCAACAGUGAGAAAAGGAUAUCCACCACCAGGAAAUCCCACCACAAUAGUUAGAUCUUAUGUUUUGGCCAUAAGUCUUUGUUACCAUUCUCGAUUAUACGAACGAGACCUGCGCAAGAAAUAUCGUCAUGAAAUGGAGAAAAUACUACAAAAUCAUGAUGUGUAUGAAGGAGAAAAUAUGAUUGUUAAAAUUAUCCGCGAAGAACAGGAAGAUUAUUUGAAUAGAAUGCAAUGUCUACAUAAUGCAGCGAGGAAUGAAGCCUUAUUAGAAAAUGUUUUUGCUAUGAUUGUAUGUAUUUUGACCAAAAUUCCCGUACUUGUUAUUGGAGAAUCAGGAUCAUCUAAAUCGUUAGCAAUUCACCUUAUAACCGAUUUUGCUGAAACUAGUCCUUUCAAUCCGUUAAAAAUUCUUCAUUCUUUGUUCGAAUCAAAUCCGGCAACAGAACCCACCGUGUCAGCAAUUGGAACGUCGAAUUGGCGCCUGGAUAUUAGUAAAAGUAGUCGUGCAUUACUUGUUCAAAGUUAUGUUCCACCAAACUUUAAAUGCAUUCUUAUCAUGGAUGAAAAGAAUUUGGCUUCAGUUGACCCUUCGCUAAUUGGUCGAUUUGAAAAACAAUACAUGUCAAUCAAUGACGCACUUAAUGACGAACAAAAACUACUGGUAGAAAAUUUAUGUACCUGGGCGCUAAAAAUAUCAACUUUAAUUGGAUUUAAUCAAAUAACUUCAUUAAAUGAUAAGUUCGCACAGAAUGAUCGAUCUAUUGGCUUCUAUACAGAUGAUGUUAUAAAAGGUUUGGUGCUUGAGGUUACAAGAAGUAAUCCAAAAGCCGAAAAUGAAAAGAUUUUAGAAAUAUGCAAGGAACGUUUAAUAACAUUGAUAUCGCCUGAUGGGAUUUUAAGAGCCGAAAAUUCAAUUUUAGAUCGAGAUGAAAUUAUUAGAUUAAAGCAUCGACAAUAUCAUGAUAAGAAUCAUUUCAUCGAUUAUGAAUUGAAUGAUAAUAUUUUAAAUUAUAGUCAAAGGAAUCGGAAAAUAGAAAGUGAUACAAACUUUAUAUUUGAUUUAAAAAAGAUUGAAAAGAAACUUGUUAAAAGAUUGGUUCUUGGCAAAGCUCAUUUUGAAAUGGAAGAUGAAGGAUUUUUUUUAAGAAAUUUUACGUUUAAACAUGAAUCAUUUCAUAAUUCUUUAAGGAUUCUCUUUGAUGUAAAAAAUAUAUUACCACAAGAAUCCAUUCCAGAAGAUAAAAGGGUAUCGAUUUUGGCGAUGUUUCUGCCAUCAAAUUCAUCGUUUAUCUUGAGGAAUUCAUUAAAUUUAUCAGAAUUACACUAUUUUUUAAAUGUAAUUCUAUGUUUCAUCAAAGAAAUUUCAAUCAAAAAUAGUGACAUCCUUAUUGUGGAUUUUGUUAAUCAAUGGUUAAAAUUAGCAAGAUAUGAUAUAACAUAUAUAAAUAUUUUUAACGAAUUUUCUUUGAAAUAUAUUGUAGCAUUAUAUGAAUUAAUUGAGGAGCAAGUCGCUAAUUUAGUCAUUCAUAAUAUUGAUAAUAAAUUUAAAGUUUCAUUAACGCAACCGAUGAAGGAUUCAAUCAAUGAUUUCGAACAAGAACUUUCUGAAUAUAAUCUUGUGGUUUUAAUGGGAAAGAUGGAAAAGAAUUGA